AUGCUAGCCGGAGAGGAGCAGCGAGGCUGUCAUAGCACGACGGCCGACUGCUGCUUGCGUACAUUCGACGUGGAGCUAUGGACCGUCGAUGGGAUCGGCUGGGGGGCUCGACGAAAUUGGCGCGACUGCUCCGCGUCAACAGCAACGUCCGCCUUGCGAGCUUUUGAGCCUCGUGGAAGCCUGGGCACGACGACUGCGGCGGCACUGAGCUGGUCCAUACAACCCUCGCAUCCAUCAAUCAUGGCGAGCAGCGGACCGCUGAACCCGGCGAGUAGUCCGCAAGCUUCAGAGGGUAUACUCGGUCAAAAGACUGAUCUAGCCAUCUCCAACAUCCUCGUCAAGUCCGGUCUCGGCUUUGGCGUUGGCGUCGUGCUGAGCGCACUACUUUUCAAGCGACGAGCGUGGCCUGUCAUCUUCUCCACAGGUGCCGGCCUAGGGUCGGGCUACUCGGACGCAGAACGCAUCUUCAACCCGGCGGGCAACAUACCAGGCUAUCGCAUAUCGCUCAAGGACAAGCGUCAGCAAUAG